AUGAAUAGCUUCAAGCCACAGUCGAAAGGUGAAAAGCGAAAAGAGCUCUUGAAAACAACGCAUCAUGCUGGAAACCAAACGGAUAUAACUUCAUAUUUACCAAAAGUUAAAAACCAAAAGAAGAGCGCCAAACUAGACCCGAGAACUGGAGAUUGCGUUUCAGGAAAGCUUGAGAAAGAGGGUGCAAGAAAUAUAAAAAAUAUGAGUUUUGAAGACAGAGAAUUGAUGAAGAGGAAAAUUUUUGAUGCAAGUAACAUUGCCUGUACUUUGAUAUAUGCGGAUGGCAGCACUUUGCUACGCCCUGGAAAAGCUAAGAGUCUCGAGAAAAAGCUUUGGGAACUCUUCUCUCAAGUGGAAAUGAAAAUUUGUCCAAUUCUUUCAGUGAUGGAGCUUGUCGGUGUUGAGGUUGAUACGACUCUUCUUCUUGACUACGGAAAAGUGCUAGAGAGUGUUGGUCAUGAAUUCCAAAUGAGUAGCACACAGCAGCUCAGACAGGUUCUUUUUAACGAGCUACAACUGGACAAGAAGGUUCAAAAACGGCUUGCCAGAACGCAGAUUAAAAACUACAAAUCAACUUCAGAGAGUGUGCUUAAGCAUCUUCAAAACUUCCACCCGUUGCCUAAGAUUGUUUUAGAAUACAGAUCUGUGACGAAAGUGAAGUCGGCUUAUGUUGAUGGGAUACUAGGUUUUCUUCAAGAUGAUAUUUUGUGUACAAACUGGAAUCAAACCUGUACUGGUACUGGAAGACUAACAUCUACAAAUCCUAACAUCCAAGCCAUUCCAAAAACUCAAUUGGAUAUAUUUCAUUGAUCUACCAUUAUAACUAUAGGAAAAGAAUUGGAGAGCAUUUCUAUCAUUCCAAGAAAGGCUUUUAAAAGUCGUUCCGGAUGGUCUUUUGUGUCUUCUGAUUUCCAAAGUAUCGAACUUCGUUUACUUGCUCAUUUUUCUGAAGAUGCUUUACUACUUCACAUAUUCAACGAGUCUGAUGAUGACGUAUUCGUCCAACUAGCAUCUAUUUGGUUAUCAGUGGACCCUAAGUCAGUUCGGAGCGAGGAUAGAGAGCGUGCUAAAAGAAUAGUUUAUUCUGUUGUUUAUGGUGUUGGGAAAGAACGAUUGGCAGAAACAUUAAAUGUUAGCGCAGAUCAGGCAAAGUCAUUUACUACAAGUUUUCUUGGUUACGUAACCACAAUCUUCGGGCGUCAGCGCUUACUCCCGGGAAUAAAUUCCAAUGACGCGCAACUUCGCGCUCAGUCAGAAAGACAAGCUGUUAAUUUUGUCAUACAAGGCUCUGCAGCAGAUAUUUGUAAGAUGGGCAUGAUUUCGCUUGUGGAAUCAUUAGAAAGUAAGAAUUUGAAGAUGAAGGCAAGACUACUUAUUCAAAUCCACGAUGAGCUGGUCCUGGAGGUCCAAGAUGAUUCUGUUGAAACUGUGAAAGAAUUAGUCAAAGUCAUUCUGGAAGAUACGAAUUCACUUUGCGGAGGUCAUAUUAAGCUGAAGGUUGGAAUGAAGGUGUCUGUAAGUUUUGGGAAGACGUGGGCAGAUAUGAAACCAGACUUCGUUCACUGAUACCACAAGAAGUGAAAGUACCAAUCUUGUGUAACUCGGGGAUAUGUGUGCGUCUG